AGUGCGGACCCGCGCCAUGGCGGACAGCGGUCGUGCGGCCCAGGCUCGUGCGCUCCUGCAGCAGUGUAUGCACGCUCGCCUGCAAGUGCGCCCGGCCGAUGGAGACGCCGCGGCGCAGUGGGUGGAGAUUCGGAGAGGAUUGGUGAUCUAUGUGUGUUUCUUCAAGGGAGCUGACACAGACCUUCUCCCCAAAAUGGUUAAUACGCUGUUAAAUGUGAAGUUAAGCGAAACGGAAACCGGCAAGCACGUCUCAAUCCUCGAUCUGCCUGGCGAUGUUCUGAUCAUCCCGCAAGCCACCCUCGGGGGCAGGGUGAAAGGGCGGAACAUGCAGUACCACUCUAACUCUGGAAAGGAGGAGGGCUCAGAACUGUACUCCCAGUUUGUGAGUCUGUGUGAACAAGCCGUGGCCAACAACACCAAGAGUGUAGAAGCGAGGGUUGCGGUGGCCCACGGCACGUACGGGAACAGGCAAGUGUUAAAGCUGGACACCAAUGGACCAUACACGCACCUCAUUGAGUUUUGAAGAAUUCCGUUCCACACCGCUUCCUGUAUAAAAAGACCUGGACUUUUAAUUCCAGUGCUCAGGGGACAGACGCAAGCAGAUUUCAGUGAGGUGGGGACCAGCCUGGUCUAUGUAUCGAGUUCUAGGACAGCCAGGACUACACAGUGAAACUCUGACUCCAAAAACAAAAAGUUAAGUAUUUAUGCCGGGCAUAGUAGUGCACAUGCCUUUAAUUCCAGCACUUGAGAGGCAGAGGCUGGAGGAUCUCUGUGAGUUUGAGGACAGCCUGGUCCACAGUGUGAGUUCUAGGACAGGCAGAGCUACACGUGAGCCCCUGUCUUGAAAAAACAAAACUACAUAAAUAAAUAAAUAAAUAAAUACUAAAACUUUAAGAUACUUUUCAAAGUGAAGAAUAAAUGAGCAGAACUAGACGUCCGAGUAGCUGCUGGUGUCUCCUGGUGUCUCAGGAUGUCUUAGUCGGUGAUUGGAUGCUUUAGAUUCCAAUUGCUCACACACCCCAAAAUCCCUUAUUUUUUUUAUAGCUUUCCUACUGUUCUAUUUUGAAACUUAAGAAUCAAUAACUUGAGCUCAUUGUCCUUAGCUUUUGUUUUAUUGAUUCACAAUACAGUUGUUGAAAUGUAAUAAACUAUUCAUAAGCUUAGAAACUCCAUUUUUUCUUAAAGCUUCUCCAAGGACAUGUAUAUGCCUUUCAAAAAAGACUACAUUACUUCCUUUAAAUCGCUUUGACUUUAUGCUCAGGUGAAAUGCUGACUCACAGCCCCAGAUAUGGCUCAAGCAAUUCUCCUUACAGAAAUUGCCUGAGAUACUUGAGGAGAAUGGCAGUGCAAGAGCGAGGAGGGUUGUUCCUUAGAAAUGAUGGCAGAUAGGGAAGAAACAGGAAAGAGUAGGCUGGGACUAACUUCGGUUUAGCUUUCAGCUUACACACAUGCUUUACCUUCAGAGCUCUAAUGAGGACAGCACUGUAAGAAGCAAGACAAGUCAUUUCUGCACGCCAUCCUAUUCAGCAGACUCAUCUCUGUCCUCUAACGUGAGACCUGUUGAAAUUAACCUUGAUGAAAGGUCUGCUUCUCUCCUUGCCAAUAAUUGCUUUAUCUACUAAACUAGGCACAAGCUGAAUUGCCCCUAACGUGGAUGCCUAGAGGCUCCCCUGGAGCUGGCGUUACAGGUGGUUGUGUCUGAUGUGGGUGCCAGGAAUCCAACUGAGGCCCAAUUAAGUAAGCAGUGCUUGCUCCUAACCACCCAGCCAUCUCUCCACCACCCAGAAGUGUCUUUUAAUCUUUCAAUUUCGAAACUGGGAACCACUUGUAGAAAAUACUCUAUGAAAGGUGGAACAUGCACUUUUGAUGUCUUGAACACAUUCCUAUAAAGUAAAAUGGGGGAACUGGAGAGGUGGGUCAGUGGUUCCGUGAAUGUUACUCUUAAAGGAGAGGCGUUCAGCUCUCAGCACCAACAUCAGGCAAUUGACAGCAUCCUGUUGCUCCAGCUCCAGGUCUGUACCACACACACACACACGCAUAUGUGCUUGCUUUUUUUUUUUUUUUUUUUUUUUUUUUGAUCUUAAAAAAAUCAGCAUGAAUCACACCUUUAUCCUCCCUCCAUUGCUUCAUGUUAUAAAAGAAGGCAUGCUGUCACAGAGGCUGCCCGUCAGGGGGAGGAGCCAUACAUCAGACCCUGUGUAGUAUCUUCCCUAAACAUAAGCAGCAGCAGCCCUGAGUUGGGGGUGGGACAAUAGGAUUGGCUCCCUAAAUUACAGCCCUACAUUCUGCAUAGCACUGUCAUAUGUCUGCUAAACUCAGGGACCCUACUCUCUAACUAAGGUCAGAGACCUCUCCCCUCCUCUCUAAGGUCCAGAAAUGUCGGAAUUCCCUUUGUUCUGCUGGUCCCUGUUGGGUCUCUCAGCCCAGCCUCCCCCAUUGUGAAUGGCAGCUUUACUAAAGGUAUUUCACCAGAAAGGAAAAAAAAAAAAAGACAUACCAUUUAUGAAUAAA